CCUAGUGCUGCUUUUAUGGCACCAGUCCGUAUCGACUAGCUUUAACCGUUCAGCGUUUUAACCCUACGAGUCCAUGGGUUUCUUCACUAAAUGCUUCCUUGCUGGAAAUGCGCACAAAGCGACAAAAGACUCAUCCAAUAAUCCAAAACAGUCGCUUUCAAUAGUAGCCGAAGUUCUGCCGCCUCGGACAGCUGUGGGACCUCCUUCGGGCAUCGUCGGCAAGGAAGGUAUCCAUGCGCAAAAACUGCACAUUGCAAAGGAACAAGAUGAACAGUUCCGAGGCCAGAGCAAAGACGGUUCAGGUGGUAUUGGUGUCAGUGCCGAGGAGAAACACGCUGUCCUGCAAGAUGCCAUCGCCGUUGAGAGCCCGCCCUGUGGCGUCAGCCCCGUAGCCUCUCAGGCCCAGCAGCAGCUUCGCGACGCUAUGGUUCUUGCAAGCUCGCCUGCGACAAUAACGGUUGUCACGCAUGAUGGCAUCGUCCUUCACCAGAAUCCUCAAAGCAAACUAUACCUGGGCGAAAGAGACACUGUCGAUGACGAAGAUGUGCUUGGACUUAUCUUCUCCUUGGAGCCUGCGAAGCGCAUAAGGAUGAUGGAGGAACUGAGCCGGGCAGGCGGCACGGGUGUCUGGAAGGCUGUUGUGCGCGUUCCGCCAACCUUGAACCGCCAACCAACGGACGCGGUGUCAAUUUGUCUUUCAAACGUGGAGAUGGCUGCUGCUGACUGCUCGCCCGACUUCCUUGACGGCCAUACCUACGUGUCGCACAGCGGAGUGAACAGCAACCUCCAGCACGGGGAGCGUCUCACGCCCGCCAGCACGACUGGAGGAGGCUGGCCAUUUGGCGCUGAAGGCCGGUCCACGCUUGCGGCCGACUUCCUGAGCAACGACGACCUACGGCUCAGCUCUGGCAUGCCCUCGUCCACCUACCGACCCAAACGGGUGGUUGCGACGGCAACCGGCAUUAUUGCUCCUCCCUCGGCGCUGGGAGCAGCCAGCGGCGUUCCUAGCCCAAAUGUGACGGGUCUCCGCCAAGGCGACAGCCUGACGAUGGCCACGACCGAGGGCCCAGCUUCUCUCAUGCUGGCUGGAGGCUCCAACUCCACCAUGGGCAGUCACCCGCUGGCCCGCGGUUGCACCGUCGCCAGCACAGCCGCGUCGGCGGCAGUUCCAGCUGCUGGCGCCGUCGAGCAGUCAGAGCCUUCUUGGCUAUGCCGGCAGCGCGCUAGGACGGCUACUGGGAUCACCGCGGCUGGCGGCGGUCACCAUAACCCCCGCCGCCUCGAUAGCUUUACGUUGUCGGCGGGAGGCGGCACCGCCACGGGCGUGGCGGCGCUCCGAGCGGGUUCUUCCAGGCUGCUGCUGGCGGCUCCGGUUGGGCGGGUUGACAGCAACAACCGCAUGGGCAGCUUCAACGUGUCGGGUUCGUUUGAUCAGACGGUUGGCGGAACCAACAGCUUUGUGCAGGAUCCGCUUGCGACCUCCACCUUCGCGACCCUCGUGGGCAGCGCGCCUGUCCCCGUUCCACCGCCUCCCAACAACGCCGCCGCCCGCAGCCUACCCGCCCCCGUCGUGCCCUCCGCCGCUCACUCCCGCGGCCCCGACGGAGCUGCUUCCAUUUCAGCAACAGGCUCCGAAGCCUCCGCAGCUGCGGCAGCAGUCGCUGCCGCAGCUGCUGCUAACGCCCCCGCUGGCUGCCCUAGCCAACGCCGGUUGCCCCGGCGCACGGCCUCCUGCAUAAGUGCAAACGUUAACUCGGACGGAACGCUUGGCCAAGGCCCUCCAUCCCAGCGCACGGGCAUUCCGUCCAUGCCGGCGCCUGCUCCGAAUGCAUCUCGCGCUCUGGCGUUUGCCUUGUCACUGGGUACCUCGCCUCUCCUUCAACAGCAGCAGCAGCAGAUUACUGCCGCUCAGCCCUCGCCCCGUGGUCGCGUGCCCGUGGUUGGCCUUCGUCCCGCAUCCAGCACUGCUACAGGCCACUUCAUGCUGAACACAUGUCAUUCUGGCCUUCCAUCCGCGUCCGCCGCAGUGGCAAGUUUGAACCCACGGCGCAACACCAUGUCGUUUGACUAUGGUGGGAGGGCGCUUCUGGCACCCAGGGGAGCCCCCCUGGGAGGGCUUUCUGCGACUAUGGAGCCCGCCUUUGCGAGCGAAUGCUGGGUUGAGAAUGCGGCUGGUGAGUGUGCUGACAACCUGAAUCACUGCGUCGGCGGUGGUCCUUGCAAGGCGGGCGUGGACAGCGUUGGUGUCACUGGCUACGGUUCUUUUAAUGGAGGGCGCAACUGUGCUAUCAAUGGCAAUGGUGUGGAGGACUCGAAUCGGAGCUUGGGGUCCAUUGGCGCUUCCAGCGGCAACCAUAGACUGCGCCCGCACAGCGCUUUUCCCCGUUUCAACUCCUUUAUUCACCAUGUCAGACCAUCAAUGUCCAUGAUGGGGAUGCAGCAACAGCAGCUACAGCAUCAGAAGCUGCAGCAGCAACAGCAGCACUCGGUUGGCGCCCCAGCUGCUGCAGCCACUGCGGCGGCCUCGAGCACUGCGGACCUGGGAGCGGCUGCUGGACUGCCUCCACCGACUGCCAGUGAGGGCAAGGAGGUGAUGCAUGAGUCGGAAAUGCAAUCACCCUUCACCUGUGGUCCCCAUCUGGGCACUGGCCUGAGCUCCGGUGGCGGGGUGGGUGUGCGCAUGUCGCUUCUGAAGGCGCUUGCCUUUGACGAGGACGCGGAGGUCGCUACGGUGCCAGGCCUGUCCCCGUCAGAUGCCAUGCCGACCGCGACUGCGUCGGGAACGGACGCUGGCAGCGCCGUGGGCUCUAAACAACCCUCGCAGCAGCAUUGUGAGCGUAGCACUGGAGAUGGCGGGGCUUCGACGGGUGCGGCCGCCACAGCUGCUGCAGCCCUGGAGGUAGGAAGCGCUGUUGCAGCAGCGUCACAGCAGGGAUCCAAGAAGCAGCUACAGCUGCCAGAGCAGCAGCUGCUCCUUCUGCCUCAGACUCAGUCGCAGAGGUGUCUGGCGCAGCAGAUGUCCCUGGCACAGCAGAAGUCCUUUACGAAGCAGCAAUCGCUUCCGCAGCAGCCGUCACAGGGACGCGUGACGGAUCCCUCGCCAGCCGCUGCGGUGGAGCCCGAAUGCUGGCACGAGAUGUGGGCAACGGCGGCGCAGGACCCCGUCUCCCAACGUGACGUCAUCAUCCUCACGCAAACGGACGUCACGGCAAAGGUGAUUGCGGAGCGGCAUUUGGCGCUGGUGAUGGAGACCGAGCACCGGCUGGUGGAGCAGCUCUUCCCGCGCCACAUCCUGCAGUACAUCACAGAGGAGUGGACAUCCAACUCGGCCGCGGUGAAUGCCAUGACCGGGAGCGCCGCCGCCUCCGCGCCCGAUGGUGCCCACGCAGGUGGCGGUGCAGGGGCUGAGGGUCACAAGGCGGCAGGGGCUGGAGCUCCUCCGACCAGCGGCCGAGGUCAGCGGUGGCGACCCGUGGUUCGCGACUGCAACGCGCUGGCCACCUGGCAUCCUGAGGUCACUCUCCUGUUUGCUGACAUCAAAGGUUUCACGCCGCUGUGCAAGGAGGUGGAGCCGCGGCAGGUCAUGGCACUGCUCAAUGCGCUGUACUCGCGGUUUGACGCCAUGCUGGACACGUUUGGUGUCUACAAGGUGGAGACCAUUGGUGACUGCUACUUUGUGGCGGGAGGGCUCAUCUGCGAGGAUGAGGAUGGAAUGGCCGCCGUGCGGGACUGCGGCAGCAAGGAGGACCCCCUGCAUGCGGAGCGGGUGUUUAUGUUUGCCAGGGCCAUGCUGGCUGCAGCACGGGAGGUCCCCAUACCCACCAAUGGAGAGCCGGUCGAGAUACGCAUCGGCAUCCACACGGGCCCAGUCGUCAGCGGCGUGGUGGGCACCCGCAUGCCGCGCUUCUGCCUGUUUGGUGACACCGUCAACACGGCCAGCCGCAUGGAGAGCACGGGUGUGCCGGGCGCCAUACACGCCUCCCAAGCUACCUACGCGAGACUGCAGCGCAAUGAACAGUGGCAACCCACGGGCGGAAUCGAGGUCAAGGGCAAGGGCCUCAUGCAGACCUUCCUCUGGCGCCCCGCCCAUGCCGAGGAAGCCCCCAGCCUCUGCUACCUUGAUGCCGGCGGCAGUGAGGACCCGCAGGUGCAGGCGCCCGCCUCCUUUGCAGGCCUAGGCUUGGAGCCUGUGCAGGAGGUACCGUCGCCGCUGCAGCUUCCUGAGCACCACAAUGAGGGCAGCACCCAGCAGGGGCCCGGGGACGACGCCAGCGGUGCCCCAGACAACUCCGUGACUAGCAACCCCAAGGGUUCGGGCUUCGUGAACUUCUUUGAACGACUUUCAUUUGACGGGUUUGGCAUAGCGCGACCGGAAGGAGCCCCGAGUGCUGGUGCUGGCGCUGCUGAUGGUGAAAAUGCAGUGAUUGAAAUGGUGUAAGCGUUUGGGCUCAGUGGAGGUGGAGGCGGCUCAGCGCCGGAAGCUUGCCGCUUCUCCGGCGUUCAAGGAGCAGGGGAUGGGCACUGGCACCUCUCAGAACGGCAGGAAAUAGUGGCUACCCUUCGUAGUGGCAUGCGAGCGGUCCGUUAAUGUGCAUCAAGAAUACAUGGUUCAGCUUGCGCAUUCUGUAGUAACAUGCGUCCAUUACGCUCUUUCUGCCAUUCGGCCGUUUAUUACCUGCUAUUACAUGGGUUUUACGUGAUACGAUCUAUUAGGUUCGCGCAUCAUUAGUGUUUCACAACUUUUUUUGCCGAGCGCGCGAGGGUGAAUGGGGUGGAGGAAAGCAAAGCAUGGUGCGCGAGGAAUGUAGGCUUUGGUUGGGAAGCACGAGCAGGAAGCAAAUGUAUUUCUGUCAUGCAUUUUAUGAAUUCUGGCAUGCAGGGCAGGUGUGGUGUGUGGGUUUUAGGGGAUCCUCCGUUGAUCUGGGAAGUCUGGGUUUCUCAGCCGCAAGGGCCAUCCCCGUGCGGGCUGUGUUGGAAAGACUAUCAAAAUCUGCAUGCCAUUUAGAUGUUGAUGUCGAGGCAAAGAUGAACAUUGUUUUAAUGAGGUCGUCCUGCGCAGAUGUCAAGUGAAGUGAACGUUUUUUUGGGUAUGAUGGUUUCCCUAUUGGGGCGUUGGGACUAUGUACUUGUCCCUGCUUGACCUCGCGUAAAGGUAGGCAUCUCUAAUCCCCAAGCAUAAAUGUGGGCCGGGUAAAUCGCUGUCCUAAAGACCCUGUUGCAUGGGAUAGUAAUCAAGUAAAUGAAAGGUGAUGAGCUGUGAUUAUGCUUAGGUUGUAUGUUCACCUGAUGUGAAUGUUUGUGUAUCAUGCGUGUGUAGUAAAAGUAGGGUAUGUAUGUGUGCUGUGCCUGUCGUUUGUGCUAUGUCAGUGUCGUUUGUGUAGUGCCCGUAUGUCAGGUUGUUACAAAGCGUUCUACCCGUCACCCGUUUCUUACAACGGCGGGUGGUGCCCUGUUUGUCGUAUGCUUAAUUUCUGGGAGUCGUGGACAGCUGUUGUUGCGGAUUCGGUGAGAUAGCGAUCCCCGAUCUGGGUGAUUGCCAAAUGCACCAGCAUUGGAAGGCAUGGUUGGACCACCAUAUUGAAGGACAACCACACCAUCACUCGAGCAACCUGGGGUUUGUGCUGUAUGGUUGCUUGCAAUUUUGCACCUGGUUUUCAAGGCUAAGAUGGAACAAGACGUCUCUUUCGGUUAUUGUGGCUAUUGUCGGAACUUGGGCUCAACUGGCAUCCUGGCUGUCAAAGUGGGGGGCAUCAGCAUCACUUCCAUCAGAGCCUGUGAUGUGUGUUUGCUGAGCAGUGCAAGUACACCGGCGUUGUUGACUUUCUGAUAUGUUCUGGUGACUUAGAAGCUCCUGCUACAAUGGUAGUACGGCUUGGGAAGUGAAAGAAGCAUGCUUCCUGGUAAUACAUGCCCCCUCAUGCACGUGCGACGGCGCUCGCGCUUUGAUGUGGGAGUUGCUGGGUUGGGAACCCGUCCUUCCCUGGUAACACCACGCCGCUUUAAGUGUGUGGCCCCCGGCUCUGUAGUAUGCUAUAGCGUUAUAGCUGGGUGUUGGUUGGAUGUUCGAGAAGUACUGGUGACUUUGCGUUGCCAAGCCUUUAUUGGGUCUGUGACGUGUCUGGCCAUUCGGAGUCGUGUGGUGUUUCAGUUGCAGCAGGUACCGGUAUUGAUGUGAGGUGCAAAUCAUAGGAGUACUGCAACUGCCUUGCAACUGCCGCAGGAGUUCGGCUUGGGACGUUGAAACAUGUGGAACGGUGUGUGAGAACCGUGGCCCAUGUUGCGUCCUGAUGUGUACCGUGUAUUGCAUCCACAUUGGGUGUGUUGAGACUGGUGCGCGGGUGUUGAUUGGUGGUCGGGUGGCCUAAUUUGUGGCAUGCAUGCAUGCAAGCUCUGCUGCGGCUGCUGCAGAUUCUGUCCUGUUUUGCUGUGGUGUUCAUGUAUCAUGAGGUGGAUGUAUGCUCGCGGUCAUGUGAGUGGUAUGGCAUCAGCAAAGGAUGUCAAAGCACGUCUGUUUUUGAGCUUUGUACCCGCUUUGUGCUGUUGUGUAUGUGCGUUUUGGACGCUGCCGCUGCUAUGCCUGUCGUUUAUCACUUGCGCGGCUGUUUUCGCCAAUGGAUAGUCAGUCGAUGUGGGUACGGAUUGUACGGGAACCGUAUUGUGCGUUACCGUAUCUACCAAUGCUACGUUCUCUCAUCUUCGGGCGUUCCAUCUGGCCAUUAGCAGGCUAUCGUUGUUUGUUUUGCGGCCAGCUGCUUAAGGUUGUUGUUGGUUACUGGUGAUCUUGUAUAACACUUGCAGGUGUUGUGGUUGUCUUGCUCGCAUUGGACGCAACAACACCGGUCCUGGCGAGGAUGGCAAUGUUUCUGUCUGUAGUCGCGGGUGACGAGUGAGAUGCUGGAACUGGUGCUGGAACUUCCCAUAGGUUGGCCCAUCAAUUGGGGAACGUUCAUUGGCCUGGAGAAGUGGACCUCCAUGGCAUAUGGCAUGAAAGCGGCGGUAGCAGCUGGUAUUGUCCUGAGGGUGGUUGCUGUAAGCAUUGGUCAUUGCGCUCGCUCGGUUCCCAUGGUGAUCCUGCUGCGGGGGUUGAUGUAUACUGUUGCCGUUGUGGUAUGCAUGCUUGAUGAGUUGGUCAGAGUCCUUACCUGGUAGUCCUGUAAUAAAAGAACACUGAAAGAACUGUGCCGCUGAG